UUAGAAGAAGAAUUGGGAUUUAGGAACCCUCCGGCCUUCACCGCUCAGCUUACCCCUCUCUCUCUCUCUCUCGCUCUCGCGAUUCUCAUCGCAUCUGAGUAGCCCAGCCAGUCCUUUAUUCAGCUAGCUACGUCCCUGGUUUCUCACAUUGCGCUGCGCACCAACUGUUUGUUUAUAUGUCUCACUGAGAAAAACAAAAGACAGAGAAAGUAAUUCCUCUUGAGGUAUCGAGAUUGCUAUGGAGGAGGAGAAACCUCUAUCAACUUUACCGGAGCCAUCUGUUGCAGCAGUCCCAAUUGCUCCAGUCCGCGCUCCUCCCCUCAGACCGCCGCCGCCAGUAAAUGGGGAAGCCAGGACGAGCACAAGUGACUCCGAUGAUUCCGACUCGGAGGAGCCUCCACGAGCUACCGGCGUUUCGGGUGGGGAGUACGAGAUAUCGGAAGAGAGCAGAGUGGUGAGAGAGCGGCAGGAGAAAGCAAUGCAGGAACUGCUGAUGAAGCGCCGUGCUUCUGCUCUUGCUGUUCCCACCAACGACAUGGCCGUGAGGGCUCGUCUUCGGCGGCUCGGCGAACCCAUUACUCUCUUCGGGGAGAGAGAGAUGGAAAGGCGAGACAGGUUGAGGAUGAUCAUGGCGAGGCUGGAUUCGCAAGGGGAGUUGGAGAAGUUGUUGAAAGUUCAUGAGGAGGAGGAGGCUGCAGCUUCUACUGCUGCAGUGGAGGAUGGUGAUGAUCAAAUUAUUCAGUACCCUUUUUACACUGAAGGGUCCAAAGCUUUGUUGAAUGCUAGGAUUGACAUUGCCAAGUACUCCAUUAGGAGGGCGGCCUUGCGGCUCGAACGGGCUCGAAGAAAGAAGGACGACCCAGAUGAGGAUAUGGAUGCAGAGUUGGACUUGGUUUUGGAGCAGGCAAAAAGUUUGGAACUUGAUUGCAGUGAGAUUGGGGAUGAUAGGCCACUUUCGGGUUGUUCUUUCUCACAUGAUGGGCAACUGCUUGCCACUUGUGCUAUAAGUGGAGUGGCCAAGUUGUGGAGCAUGCCUGAAGCAAAGAAGGUUACCACUUUAAAGGGACACACAGAGCGACUGACUGAUGUUCAGUUUUCUCCUGUGCAUAACCUCUUAGCAACUGCCUCUGCUGACCGGACUGCAAGGUUGUGGAACACAGAAGGAACUCAGCUGUUGACAUUUAAGGGCCAUUUGGACCGUCUGGCACGAAUUGCCUUCCAUCCAUCAGGUAAGUACUUGGGUACGACUAGCUUUGACCAGACUUGGAGGUUAUGGGAUGUAGAAACUGGUGAAGAGUUGCUUCUACAAGAAGGUCACAGUAGGAGUGUCUAUGGGAUAGACUUCCAUCCUGAUGGAUCAUUGGUGGCAUCCUCUGGACUGGAUGCACUUACUCGUGUUUGGGACCUCCGUACUGGUAGAAGUAUUCUUGCCUUGGAAGGCCAUGUCAAGAAAGUUCUUGCACUCAGUUUCUCAGCAAAUGGCUAUUAUUUAGCCACUGGGGGUGAAGACAACACUUGCAGAAUAUGGGAUUUGAGAAAAAAGAAAUCCAUAUACACCAUUCCAGCACAUUCCAAUCUCAUAUCACAGGUCAAAUUUGAGCCACAAGAGGGAUAUUUCCUUGUAACUGCUUCAUAUGAUUUGACAGCAAAGAUAUGGUCAGCCCGAGAUUUUAAGCCUGUCAAGACGCUUUCUGGACAUGAAGCAAAAGUUACAUCUUUGGAUAUUUCUGGAGAUGGGCAACAGAUUGCUACUGUAUCACAUGACCGAACCAUCAAACUGUGGUCCAGCCGUUCCAACAAGAAGGAUCAAGCAAUGGAUGUGGAUUACAGUACCAAUGAGAAGGAUCAGGCAAUGGAUGCGGAUUAGGACCUGCCCAAUUCUAGAUAAACUUUCAAAAGAUGGUAAAGAGGUGGCGGUUACUUGUAGAUGCAUGGAUUAUAGUGGAGACAGUUUCGUCAAGGCUAAAGCUUCUGUUCGAGUUUAAGAUCAUAACGUUGGUUCUAGCUUUUAAAAUCAUAAGGUACAUGAGAUGAUGUCCCUUAGAACAUGAAAAACAUGUACAAUGCUUCUUGAGCUGUCUUCAGACACAACCCUUGCUAACUGGCAGAUAUCUGUGUUCAAGUUAAUUUUUUAAUUGUGAAGGAACCCAGGUGGAAGAGGGUUUUUGUUAAACUGCCAAAAUCCUCCCUGAACUUGUACUUGGCUUUCGAUUAUUCGUUUUGUUAUGUAAUGUUGAAGGCUUGCGGUUCUUGUUAUUUUCGU